AUGGGGUUUUUUGACCAUCUUCAGAAAGGAGGGGCCGGAGGCUUUUCUUUACAGCCCAAGAAGGCGCAGAUUCGCAAAGUUGUGCAGACUCGACCAGCUGCUCCUACCCGGUCCGCGACGCACACCCCAGAGACCCGAUCGCCGCGAGUCCAGCCGUCAGCCGAACGCAGUCAGAAAGCGCAGUCACUGAAAUCUCGAUCGGUCUCGAGCGACUUGGAAGCUCGUUCAGCGAAACGACUCGGCACCCCUUCGCGUAUUCGAAAGCGACCGACGCCCGAGCAGCGACUUUCCAGCGAUGAUGAUGCGAGCGAUAGCGAUGCCUCGUUCGAGGUGCACAAGCGUGCCAGGAUGAGCGCCAGUGCCGAGCCAGACCCGGCACGGCGCCUCCGUUCAGUGAAGGCCUUCUCGGAAGAAGGCUCGAGGCCUUUUAAGAUGAUGCACGCUGCGGAAAUCACGUCGGGCCAGAAGGCCGGCAAAUUUAAGCCUGCCUUCGGCGCGGACGGCAAGGCCAAACAAAUCCUUUUGCGAUACCCGAGUGCUUCGCCCAAAGAAAGAUAUGAAUGUGUUGUUCCCGGAGAAAACGACGAAUUCCGACCAAUCGACGACAUCGUGCAAGUUAUCGAAACGGUUGCUGAUCACUACAUUCCCGCUGAAGCAGCAGACGAGUUCAAUGAUGAGACAACUGGAAUCAAGCGUCGGUUGCGGCGGGCUUUGGCGGUGACAUCCGAAAGCCAGUUCCUGGAUGCUGUGAAUGAUUAUAACGAAGCCAUCCAACGUCUGGUUAAGGAUGGUAGUCUUGCGAAGCAGUUGGAUAGCACCCUGCGCAUUGACCUCCCUUGGGUGGAGCGAAUCCUUACCCAAAUAUACUCUCGCACGGUCUCCCCUCGCGUGGAGUCUCUCCGGCAAUACGAAAAUGGCACAGACAACGUCUAUGGAGAGCUCCUUCCCCGUUUUAUCAGCACCAUUUUCAAGGAGACGAAGCUCAAGUCAGGCCAGGUCUUUGUCGACCUGGGCUCCGGCGUGGGAAAUGUCGUCCUUCAAGCCGCACUUGAAAUUGGCUGUGAGAGCUGGGGAUGCGAGAUGAUGUCCAACGCCUGCGAUUUGGCAGAUCUUCAACAAUCCGAGUUCAAGGCACGAUGCCGACUUUGGGGCAUCGUGCCAGGCAAGACUCACCUCGUCCGAGGUGAUUUCCUCGAGCAGGAAAGCAUCAUCAGUGUUUUAAAGCGAGCAGAUGUGGUGCUCAUCAACAAUCAAGCCUUUACCCCUCAGCUCAACAACGAGCUGAUCAAUCACUUUUUGGACAUGAAAGAGGGAUGCAAGAUUGUCUCCCUCAAAUCUUUCGUGCCGGCUGGUCACAAGAUUCAGUCCCGCAAUCUGAACUCGCCCAUCAACCUUCUGCAGGUCCAGCAAAAGAAUUAUUGGUCAAAUAAUGUUAGCUGGACCGACGUCGGUGGUACAUACUUCAUCGCGACCAAGGAUAGCUCUCGACUGAAAGCUUUCAUUGAUCCUACGCCAUAA